GUGCGGGCACUAAGACCGCAAGGCGUUCAUUUCCUCCGACGGUGGAUGCGGACGCCGGGAGGAGGAGAGCCCCGGAGCCAGGAGCUGGGAGCCGCGGCUGCACAGAGAACACGUAGCGACUCCGAAGAUCAGCCCCAAUGAACAUGUCAGUGUUGGCUUUACAAGAAUAUGAAUUCGAAAAGCAGUUCAACGAGAACGAAGCCAUCCAAUGGAUGCAGGAAAACUGGAAGAAAUCUUUCCUGUUUUCCGCACUGUAUGCUGCCUUUAUCUUUGGUGGUCGGCACCUGAUGAACAAACGGGCCAAGUUUGAACUGAGGAAGCCAUUAGUGCUCUGGUCUCUGACCCUUGCAGUCUUCAGUAUAUUCGGUGCUCUUCGAACUGGUGCUUAUAUGGUGUACAUUCUGAUGACCAAAGGCCUGAAGCAGUCAGUUUGUGACCAGAGUUUUUACAAUGGACCUGUCAGCAAAUUCUGGGCUUAUGCAUUUGUGCUAAGCAAAGCACCCGAACUAGGAGAUACAAUAUUCAUUAUUCUGAGGAAGCAAAAGCUGAUCUUCCUGCACUGGUACCACCACAUCACUGUGCUCCUGUACUCCUGGUACUCCUACAAGGACAUGGUAGCCGGGGGUGGUUGGUUCAUGACCAUGAACUACGGCGUGCACGCCGUGAUGUACUCUUACUAUGCCUUGCGAGCAGCAGGCUUCCGAGUUUCCCGGAAGUUUGCCAUGUUCAUCACCUUGUCCCAGAUCACUCAGAUGCUGAUGGGCUGUGUCAUUAACUACCUGGUCUUCUACUGGAUGCAGCAUGACCAGUGUCACUCUCACUUUCAGAACAUCUUCUGGUCCUCACUCAUGUACCUCAGCUACCUUGUGCUCUUCUGUCACUUCUUCUUUGAGGCCUACAUCGGCAAGAGGAGGAAAACAACGAAGGCUGAAUAGUGUUGGAACUGAGGAGGAAGCCAUAGCUCAGGGUCAUCAAGAAAAACAAUAGACAAAAGAAAAUGGCACAAGGAAUCACAUAUGGUGCAGCUAAAACAAAACAAAACAAAACACAUGAGCAGACACAAAACCCAAGGCAGCUUAGGGAUAAUAAGGUUGACUUAACCCAGUAAGUUUUAUGAUCCUUUUUGGGUGAGGACUCACUGAGGACACCUCCGUCUCAAAGGACUGCUGCUGGGGAAACCCCAUUCCCUCCUUACCUGUCAGCUCUAGGACAAAGGAGAACAAAAGUGAACCAGAGGCACAGAGAGAAAGAACUAGAAGGUAAACAAAAGCUAUUAACACUAUGGGGAAAACAUGUACUAAGUGUUCUAUUUCUCUAAGAAUGAAAGAAGUUUGCCUAAGCAACUGUGCGAGCACAUACCCACACAAUCCUUUCUAAUCUUUGUUGACACUAAGCUGGAGCCAAUAGAACAGAUCCAAAUGGAAGAGACACAGGGUGGAUAUCUAGAACCAUAAUGCUUUUGCAAAAAUUAAAGCCUUUUUAAGAGAGGUUAGUAGCUGUAGCCCCUCGUGAGAAAAGACGUCUUAAUCACCUCUCGUGAAAACGGAUGUAAACAAUUGUAUUAAAGCUAAGAGAUGGACUGGUGUUUUCUCCCUUCCUAACACAGUCUCGGGCUAGCCAGUUUGCCAGCACCAAACGGGCAUGAUAUUUUUCCAGGGUUCUCUCUGGGAGGAUGGAAACAGUGCAGACCAGGUCCUAAAGGGGUGGCUCCAGCUCAGAGCAUUCCUGAUAAUUUCACUGUAAUUUCUACUCUGAAAUGAGCUGUAAAGAAUUUUCCUUGGUUCAGUUGCCCCAGGCUUUUGAACAGAAGAGUAAAUACAAAAUAGAAAAGUUAAAACUCAACCAAAUGAUUUGAAAAUGGAUUCUGUACCACCUGUAAAAAGGACCAGCCCCAUACUGUUCUUGAGCUGGGAAAAGGAGAGUGGGGAAAGAAGGGAGCCAAUCAAUCCGACAGACACACUCUGUAUACCCCCUCUCUAUUUGUCUUCACAUACACACUCAUGACUUCCCAAAUGAAACCCUGUUGUACAGUCCAUAUUUUCUAUAUUUUUGUGAAUCUCAAAAAGAAAUCUGCAGGGCUCUUCCUGAUAUUGGGUGAACACUGUGUUUCCGCAUCAUCUGCAUUUGCUCCCCGAGCAAUGCAGAGGUGUGUAAAGUGCCCUCUGCUGGUCAAGUGGAGAUACUUCAACAAACGCUUCAUGGCAAGUUUGGCUGGAACAGUUGACAACAAAGGGCCCCCUAUAGACUUAUCCUUCAAAUUUUAAAUGAUAUAAAAUACUCAUCAUAUUUUUGGCCAAAUCAGAAGAUCUUCUUGCUUCAAGUCAGCUUCAGAAAUUUUUUUAAAAGGGACUUCUGCUCUGGAACUCAGAAAAUCAAUUUAUUAAGAGCCAUAUUCUUUAAAAAAGAAAGAAAGAAAAGAAAGCUAGAUAAUAUAAUAUUAUCUGUAAUACAGUCCUUUACAAGCCAAAUAAAUGUGUAAACAUUCCUAGUAUUUCAAAGAAGCAAUUAUGUAAAAUUGUUCAAUGUGAUAUGCUAGUAUUCUAAUUGGUUAAGUAGCUUCAUGAUUAGACAAACUAGAUGAAACGAUUAGCGGCUACACUGCAUAGAUUAUAUAUGCAUCACCACACAUACAUGCACGCGGAUGUGGGGUACACUCAACUUCAAAGCCCAAAUGAAUAGGAACACAUUUCCUGGCUAGCAGAAAAAGAAAACCGUUGUUUAUCUUUCUUGCUUUAUUUGAGAGUGUACAGUAAAAGGGAUUUUUUUCAGAUUAUUUUUAUAUUAUUUUAGCUUUAAUUGUGUUGUCAUUCAUGAAACAGAGCUGCUCCACUUCUCUGUCAGAGAUGACAAGGGCUUUCUCAGCAUCUUGUUUAUGUGUGGAAUUUAAAAGAAUAAAGUUUUAUCCCAUUCUGUGUGAA